AGUAAUGGCGCUGGCUGUAAACAACGAAGUCGUUUUAGAAAAUAUUUUUACUAUUAAUCGGAUCUGUUAUAAUGUGUGCCUUGGCGAAACACAUUUAGAAUGGUUUGAAACAAAUGAAGGAAUAUUCGAAAACGGAGAUCUGCAUCAUUCGAAAAAAUCUGUUCCAAUAGAACAAAUUCUCUGCAUAAGGGAAGAAUGUAAAGGCAGCGAAAGAAAUUGUUUUUCUGGUUUGCAUUCUAGAUCCUACGUAAGUUGAUAGUUGUUGAAUGUUAACAUAAGUAGAAAUUUUCAUUCGCAAACCUAUAACAGUUGCUGUCUGGCUAUCAUUCACUGGUAAUUCAAGCUUAAUCUAAAACAAAUCAUUUAUAAAUUUCUAUAAAACCCUUACUCUCAGUACCUUAGCUCUCUUUCUUUACAUUUGUAACAUAUAUUAAAAAUUAAAUAACUAGCUGUUCUUUAGUAUUUUAUUUUCAUUUCUUGUAGAAAUCUUUCUUAAAGAGUUAAAAGAGAAAAAAGAAAAUCGUUUUAAGAACAUUGAUUUUGAGAUAUUUUAAAAAAUUCCACAGCUUUUCAAAAUAUUUUCAUGUACCAGACUUCAUUUUAAGAGUAUUAUAAUAAAGUUAAUUUAUCUUGUUUUAUUUGUAUACUCUAUUAUUUCUAAAAUUUGAACUGUCCUAGUUUGAACAAUUUCGAUUGUAAUGCCCCCUAUACUAUUAUUAUUUUUCAUAUUUUAUUAUUAUUAUCUCAAUGUUACUAUUAUAGAGCUAUUUUCCAACUUAAAUAUAAUAUGAUUGGUUUUUCAUUCAUGUUUUUGGAGUAUACAGUUCAAAAUCAGUCAAUGAAUUAGACAGCAAAUGUUAAAAUUUCCUUACAGAGUCAAACAGUCGUACCCUGCUUAUCGGCUGAAAUUUGGUACAUGCAUAAGAAAAAGGCUGAUAGAUGGCGACUAAAGCGUCUUGUUAUUACAUCUCCACAUGAUACAAUCGUUUCAAAAUGGUUACAUUUUGGACAAGAAAUUUUAAGAAAGCAUGUUAUUAAACGCCCAAAGAGAUUAUUAAUUUUUAUUAAUCCGAUUAGCGGUAGUAAGUCUGGAGUAAGAAAAUUCAGAAAAUGUGUUGAACCAGUUUUUAGGAUGGCCAAUAUCGAAACAGUUGUUGUAAGAACCAAACACAAAAAUCAUUGCAGAGAUAUCUUAAAGAACCAAAAUCUGUCUCUCUAUGAUGGAAUUUGUUUAGUCGGUGGAGAUGGUCUCUAUUCUGAAGCCAUACAUGGUUUACUACCAGAUUCAUCACUUCCUAUCUCAAUUAUUCCGUGUGGUAGUACAAAUGCUGUAGCCUGCUCUAUUUGUGGACCUAAAGUCGAUGCAAUAAGUGCCGCUCUUCAGGUUGUAAGAGGCUGCCAAAUAUCAUUAGACGUAUCAAAUAUAUAUGCAGAAGAUCGACUAAUAGCUCAUCAUACUUGUAUGCUUUCUGUUGGAUACUUUGGGGAUCUUUUGGCAAGAGCUGAGCCUUGGAGAAGAAUUCUAGGAAAACGUCGCUACGACGCAGCUGGAUUUAGAACAUUGUUAUCUAUGAGAAGUACCCGUGUUCGAAUUACCUAUAAAAAGAUACCUGAUGUGGUGGAUUCUGUGUGCCACGAAAACUGUCUUCGUUGCAGUCGGGAAGAUGAUAAUUCAAGUUUAGAAGAACGUCGCAUUGAAAGAAAUGUUGCCGUUUUCAGUAUUUUUACAAUUUCAUGCAGGUGUCCCAUGUCUACGACUGGAGGAAGUCCUUACAGUCAUUUGGGAGAUGGUUGUGCAGUUAUCUUAAUCGUUAAUGAGUGCUCCAGAUUUCAAUUCUUGAGAUUUCUAAUAGCUCUAGCAAAAGAUAGCACGAACGCAUUAAAGUUGCCAUAUGUUGAAUCCUUUAGAACAACUGAUGUAAAAGUUGAAGUGUUAGCUGCGUCAAUGGACACGCCAAAUUGGAAUUGCGAUGGGGAAGUCGUACGUGAAAGAUCUCUUCAUGUUAAAAUGGAGAGGAAAGCAAUAAAUGUCUUUGCCAACGGUGUUGAAAAAGUUGAAAAGUCUAACAAGAAAUGUUGUAGUCUAUGCACGUCUCGAGCAGAUGAUGAUUUUUGAUUUUUAAUCUGUUUCCACAUAAUUGGAAACAAGAAAAAAGUUCACUUUUUGCAAUUUCGUCAUCGAACUGAUAUCUUUUAUAAAGAGAAAAGAAAAUAAUAAUAAUCUCAGAAAUAUUUUAUCAACUGCAUCUGGUCUCAAUUUUUUUUUAGUGACAUAUUUUUUUUUUUAACAAUCAAAUCAAGCAAUGCAAUGCACAUUCUAAUCUAUGUAUAUAUAUAUAUAUAUAAAUUGCAGAUUUUCUCUUUGUUAAUUAUAUCCAUCACUUUUAGAUUAGGAUACCAAUUCCUAAUUAAUUUAAUUAAGAACUGCGUGAUAAGUUAUUAAUGUAUAUUUAUUAUACCAAACAUAAGAAAAUUUCCUAUGUUUGUUCGUUCAAAAGAGUUUUUAAUACAUUUCUGUCAGAAUAAAAUAUGUUCAAUUUUUAUUUGUGUUACUUUCCUUGUAUUUUCUUUUUAGUUUUUUAGUAUUAUAUUUUAUUUUUAUCUUUUUAUGACUGAAAAAUGUCAAAAAACUAUAUUUUCUUGUCAAUAGAGCAAAUAUGAAAGGUAGAUAACUGAUAAACAAACAUUAAAAUAUACUUUUAAAAUUGUAAUAAGAGGUUAUAUAUAGAAUGAAUUUAUCAACUUUUGCGCAACAAUUAUAUGUAAAUGUUUUUCGUGCGUGCUAAAUUUGUCUUUUUUUUUGUCUAUUUACAUGUAACUAUACCGGUUUAAAGUUUUGUUUAUUAUCUACUAAUUCAGCCCUGAUUUGAUCAGCUACUCGAUAUUUAAUUUAUAUUGAAAUUAUACCAAAUAUACUUAUUUUGUUCGCAAAUCAAAUACAAAUAUUUGAAGGUUUUCCAGGCAGAAUUUAGUUGUAAAAGUUGGUUAUUUUUUUGGUCUUAAACGUGUUUAUUUUCUUUUUCUCUAACAAUAGGUGGC